AUGGCGGCUGCGGACUUGGCUUCUCCACAGAAGCCGGACUGGCUGAGCCCGUCGGAGGAGGUCGAAUGGUAUAAGUCCCAGUAUGCCAGUUUGGAACAGGAACUUCUGGAAUUCCAGACCUUUUCGAAGGAACUGGAGACGGAACUGGAGAGAGAGUUGAAGACGUUGGAGAAGGAAGUAGAAGGUCAUGAGAGGAACAUCAACACCCUGAGGAAGAAGAAUGAGGGGUUGAAGUAUGAAGUUGAUGAGUGGAAGACCAAAUUCAAGUCCUCAAAGGAGGAAGCCAAUCAUGUUCAAAACCAACUCCAGAAGGAAAUCACCGAACUUCGCGAAAAGAACCGCACUGCCCAGAUCAGAAUUCGGGAAAUGGAGGUGUCCAACGACGACUUUGAACGAAAUGAGCGAAUUGUUAAAUCCUCCCUUGAUGACCUGGAGUCCAAGUACAAUAUGGCGAUUGAACGAAAUGUAAUGAAUGAGUCGGAAAUUCAAAUGCUAGAGCAGGAGCGAGAAGAGUUGAGAAUUGAGCUUCAGAGAUUCAAGGAUGAAUUGGCAGAAUUGAAGGUUGAGGCCGAACUAUCGGAAGAGAAGUACCGCAUGGCCCGACGCGGGACUUCGAACCCCAGAUUCCAGUCACCAAUGCCCGAUGCUCCGACAACACCCACUUCUGUAUCUCCUACGCCUCGACUGUCUAGAGCGACGCCGAGCGCUGAUUUCUCAUCUCCUACUCCUCCUUCGCCACCAAUCUCAGAAACAUCCACCUCAGGAUCAAGGAUACCCACUCCACACAAGGACCAUUUGAUGACCCCGAAGGCCUCUCACUAUAGAAGAGGUCUUCCAAAGGGCACCCCCAAGAAAACACCAUCAAUGGCCAAUCUCAGUGACUCUGCUAGGAAGAAGCUUAUUGGAAAUGCGGCCGUUGCUGCUAAGAACAACACCAACAUACCCGGCCCGAACUCCAAGUCGCUUACUCAGAUUCGUGGCCUGAUAGGACAGAUGCAAAGAUUGGAGAAAAGGGUUCAAACCGCUCGAUCCAAGAUGCCGCCACCUGCAGCCAAAACCCCACCAAGGCGAAUGUCGCCCCACCUUGGCAGUUCCGCAUUUCUGCCACCAAGUUCUAUCAACCUUCGCAGAAAUAUCAGAAACCCAGGCUCAACAACUUCAUCUGUGACAUCGACAUCCAUUGAGGAAAGGUUUGGUAGUUUGUCGAGGAGUUUUGGCAGCCAUAUGGUAGAAGCAAUCACUAGGACUGAUACACCAUCAUCGAGGCCUUCGUCGCGGACAUCGUCGAGACAAUCAUACUCUACUGCGGGACAAGGCGUCAGUCGACCAUCAUCAAGAGCUAGUACCAGCAAUGUUUCACAUAUCCCUGUUCCCGAAUACUCCUCCCUACCGGCUUCAAAGCCCAGGUCCUCUAUCGGUGGCCUCAAUGACGAUAUUUUCGCCACACCAAGGAGAGGGUUGACCCGGACAGAGUCAGGAGCACACAGCCGAGCUGUUUCUACAUCAGGCGGCAGUGCUAUUCCGAGGAGAAAAAGUAUGCAAACCAUUCAUGGAGGCGCUGGUAGCAUGUCCGCCAGUUAUAGAAGAGUUAGCGGCGGCCUAAACAGUCUGAACCUUACUGAUAAGAACGCACCUCCAGUCCCACCAGUGCCCCCAACGAUGAGACGAAAGAAGCUGAGUGGAGUUGGAGACGCCUAG